AUGGCUAAUUUGUAUCAGGAAUUGGCACAAUUGAUUUCAGCGACCGAGGCAACCGGCUCAGUUGGAAGAAACAUACCUUAUGGCAUUCACAGAGCUGACAGGAAAGCACUGCGAGACCGUUAUCAUCCCUAUGGAGCUGGUUCCAAUUGCUCUGGCAAUGGUGACACUAAUUGGGACCCGUCAUUCGCAUAUGCUGAACGUGUUGAAGGGCCGUCAUAUUGGCCCGGUUUCAACACAUUACCUGCCAUAGAAUUCCUUCCAAAUGAGUUGGCAUGGCAAACAAAUAUCUCGUCGCACCAACACACGUUGAAAAGCCUACAUAACGCUGGUAGCUUGGGAACUGGCAGAACUCCAUUGACGCCCGCUUCCAUAUCCGGGCAAAGACGAUUGGAACAAGAUCAUCCGUUCUACUUGAGGCGGCGGACGGCCCCUGCUGAUGGGCUUACUCGCACAUCAGACAAGUACCGCGUGGUGUACACUGAGCAACAGCGAAAGGGUCUGGAGCGCGCAUUUGAACAGAACAAGUUCAUCCCGAUAAAAACCAAAGUGGAACUGGCUAAGAAACUCGAUCUUUCUGAUAGACAGAUAAAAAUUUGGUUUCAAAAUAGAAGAGCAAAGGAAAGACGACAGAAAAACAAGGAAUCAGAGGAUUACAAAGAAAACCACAUUCCGUCAAGGGAGGACAACACUCUUGACGCCAUAGGCCGAAACGAUGUAGGGAACUGGUCGCCCAUUACCAGCAAAGCAUUAACAGAGCUACCCUCUUGCAGGUUCCUUGCUGCUGCUCAGACUCCUAUGAACAUGAAAUAUUUCGGGAAUGACCAAUGUGGCUUGAAGGACAAGAAUAACAGUUCUGAAUCUAGUCAGUUUCUGUCUCAUUCAGUCAAUAAUCGAAGCAGUAUAUCUAUGCACGAGGUAUCGCCAUCUAAUUGGCCGUCAAUAGAGAGUGGACUGCUACCUCAUACUAAUGUUUCACCACUCAGUUUUAAUCGUGGCUUUGGGUAUGAUCCUAGACUUUGA